AGAGGCCUGCAGACAGCACGUUGUUGAUAAAAGGAUCCACAUUUAGAUUGUGCAUCACAUGCCAGGCCCAUAUCUGGGUAGCUUGCACAAGGUGCAGGGAGUGUGGAGCUGACCAGUCCAUGAGAGUGGCAACAGAUCAUCCCAAACAUCCUCAACAUAGGGAGAGGGCUGCUAGCCUGCUCCUAGUGCGGUUGGUAAUGGCGGAGAAGACAGAAGGAAAGUCAUCUCCAUUUAGCUUUUCAUUCACCUCUCCCAACUCUGAAUGUAACCUUCGGUCCUCGCCUGAGACAAAACCAGUCAUGUCUGGAAAAGGAAAGACAAUAAUUGCACCGCCAACAUUUACUAUAUCUUCAAGUCAAAAUGCGUGUCCUAGUUCAGAGGAAUCUCCGUGGAGGCAGGUGGACUGGUCAGCGGGCAGAGCUUCGGUGGAGACCAUUCGCUCAUAUGCGCCGGCCCCUGACUCAGUUCCUGCUGCCCGAGUUCUUCUGGUUGGCCCGGUCGGAGUUGGCAAGUCCAGUUUCAUAAACUCCAUCCAGUCCGUAUUCUAUGGACGGGUCGUGAACCGGACCAUGGUGGGAACAUGUCUUAACUCAUCUGUCAGCUUCACCAAGCAGCUGCAGUCAUAUCAGCUGUACAGCAGCAGAGAGAGAGUGGAUGAGAGUAUGGCUCUGGUCCUGUCUGACAUGGUGGGACUCGGGGAGACCAACGGACUCACGCUUCACGACACACUGGCCGUCAUCAAGGGACACGUUCCAGAUGGACACACGUUCAGCGCUUGCUGUCCUGUUGUGUCGGACACUCCAGGCUAUGUGAAGGAGCCUUCCCUUGCAGAGAAGGUCCACUGUGUGGUCUUUGUGGUCAGCGGCCUGGAGAUCUCCUCCUACUCGGACACCAUGAAGUCCACCUUCCACCAGCUCAGAGAGCACAUCAGCGCCCUGGGUGUCCAGCAGGUGGCGGUGUUGACUCACGUGGAUAAAGUCUGUGCCAAAACAGCCAGGGACAUCUCCCAGGUGUACAAUGGUUUACUUUUGAAGCAAGCGAUGCUGAAGGUUGGCGAUCUGCUGGGCAUGCCCCUCUCCUCCAUCGUGCCGGUGAAGAACUACUCUGAGGAGCUGGAGCUGGACCCACACACAGACACGCUGCUGCUCGGAGCGCUCAACCACAUCCUGCAGAGCGUUGACCUCUACCUCAGAGACCACCCCGAGAGAGGCAGCGCAGAGAGGGCCGUCAGCUCGGCCUCUGCAAGUUCAUAGAGGAACAUGGUCCCAAAAGAAAUCAUCUACAUUUUCUUACAGCUGAACAUGUCCAAGAGAUUGUUUUUUUCUUUGGUGAUUGG